AUGGCGCGCCUCUGCCGCAGCUGCUGCGGUACCAUGCCCUUUGGCAUGGGCAGCGACGCAGGCAGCCAGUCGUAUCGCAGCUCGCAGACUUCAUCUUCGAUGAAGAGUGGGAAGACCUCGACGCGGAGCGCGAGCAGCGAAGAGAGCUGGGCGAGCAGCGAGGAGGACGGGAGUGAAGGCCUCGAGAGAGCUGGGGGCGAAUAUCAGCCGCCGAACGAAACACAGGUUCAAAUUCUUGCCAAGAAGUGGAUUGCGCAUGUCCAACAGAGAGCCGCCAGAAUAUGGAGUAGAGAUCAAGUUAUCGAGAUGUUGGAAACCAUCGCCAGGUCCGUGAACUUCUCAGAAGAUCCCAUUCUUGGGGAUCCGUCUCCCGCCGCCUCGUGCGUCCAGUGGUACGGUGAUAUCUCGCAGAAGCAGGGCUUGCCGGUCCUCUUGAUUCAGAAACCAAACAACCCGACGCCGACUUCGACCUACGUGUGCCGCGUGCUCGCCUUCCUCUUCGCGGACGACGCCUCGCUCAAGCUGCUGAAACAGCUUGGAACGAAGCAGUCGGAGAUGAAUUGCGGCAAUCCGCAAUGCGUGCGGCUUUCUCACCUCGUCGGCUACAGCGCCGCGUGGGCGCAGAAGUUUCAGUCCGCGAAGAAGGCGCCUGCCUCGAACAUGGCGCCGGGAAAAGCCAAAGGCGCUCCCAAAGCGAAGGGUUAA